AUGGCGACAGCUCGAAGAGGAAUCUGUUUACGCGACAGUCUGAACCGGCUCCUCCAUGGACCGGCACUGCUCCGCCACCAUACUGGCCGAUCCUUGCAAACCCUAGCAUAUGAAGAGAUCAAAUCGUCGCCGGAGAAACCCUAUGAAUUCACGGCCUUCGUGCUACACGGCCUCCUCGGAUCCGGUCGGAACUGGCGUUCCUUCUCUCGCUCCCUCGCUUCAUAUCUCUCCCCAGCUCCUUGGAGGAUGGUUCUGGUUGAUUUGAGGAAUCAUGGAAAAUCGGCUGAAAUAGGACUGCCACCUCCACAUAAUUUGGAAAAUGCUGCGAAAGAUCUGGCUAAUUUGGUGAAAGCAGAGGGCUGGGAUUGGCCUGAUGUUGUUAUGGGCCACUCCAUGGGAGGAAAGGUUGCGUUGCAGUUCGUGCAAAGUUGUGUUAACGGGGAUUACGGGGAUAAUGUCAGCUUGCCUAGACAGCUGUGGGUACUUGACUCUGUUCCUGGAAAAUUGAUCCCACGAAAUGAUGAAGGUGAAGUCGAGAAAGUUCUGCAGAUCUUGCAGAGUCUACCACAAGAAAUACCAUCCAGGACGUGGUUGGUGGACCAUAUGCUGAAACUUGGCUUUUCAAAGUCUUUAUCACAAUGGAUAGGAAGCAACCUCAAGAAAUCAGGAGAACAUGAGACUUGGGCAUUCAAUCUAGAUGGCGCUGUCCAGAUGUUUAAAUCUUACAGUGAGAUGGACUAUUGGCCCCUAUUGGAAAACCCACCCAAUGGCAUGGAGGUAGGCAUUGUACGUGCAGAGAAGAGCGAUAGAUGGGACUCAGAUAUCAUAGAGCAGCUCGAACAUGUUACUGCUAGACGAGAUCAUGCAACCAAGGGGAAAGUCUCUGUUCACGUCCUUCCAAACGCGGGGCACUGGGUUCAUGUAGACAAUCCUAAAGGACUUCUUGACAUCGUGGCUCCCAAGGUUGCCUCUCUAGUUUAGGCACAGUUGAUAUGCAAGCGUUAAUCUCCUGUCUCAAAAAUAUUUGUGGAAUAUGAUAGCUCAAACCAUCAUUCAAUUGUAUUGUUGCAGUCCCGAUACAGUUGGUGGCUAUAUAUUUGAUAUCUCUAGCCCAAUAAAUAAAAUCUUAUUUACUUUAA